CACGAAUUGUAUCUAUACCGAAAGUUCAAUCUGAAAUGAAAAAUCGAUUUUAAAAAAUAACGACGAGAUAUUUUUUCGUGCCUGCACGUAGAGCUGAAGAUAAAUAUAUCAUUUAAUUUGUAGUUAUGAAAGUAAAGAAUAGUAGUUUUAAGUUUUAACCGAAACAAGAAAACGUUAAUAUCUUUUUAAACAAUCAUUGAUUAUAAGAAAAUUAGAAAGAAAUCAACAAUAUAUAACAAUAAUCGGGUCCUUUUUUUCCAAGUCAUGUUUUUCGUGUUGGGAACAUAAGAAAUACAGCAGGACUAAAUGAGAAAUCAUUUUAAUUACAAAACAGUGCUUUAAGAGUAUGCAUUUUUAGAGUAAUGUUGAAGAAAGACCGCGGUCAUACAAGAAGUUCGGAAAUGCUAGACUCGAUAGAACAUCAGUUACGUGAAGCAGAGGCCAAACAUGCAGAUAUCGAAAGGGCGCAUAAAGAAACACUGGCACAAAUUAGAAAUUUUACUGUCAGUGGAAAUUGUGAUGAGGAGUAUAUUGAGAAUUUGCAGUCAAAAGCUCGGGAAUUGGAAAAGAAGGUUGCCCUGGAAACGGUACGAUGUGAAGAGUUGCAGUUGGAGCUGUCUGCUGCAAUGAAGUCAAAACCAUCUCACCAUCAACAUCAACAUCAACUCCAACACCAACAUCAACCCAUGAAUGUUACUAGUGCUCCUCCACCAACUACUUCAAGCUCAUCGGUAACAUGGGUUCCUGCCGCGAAUCAAGAUCAAAAUUCUGAAGUAGAAUAUAUAAUGGCGAAAAUUGAGCAGGAUAACAGAGUUUUAGCAGAGCUAGAAGAACCAAGAACAUCUGGAACAACGUCGUUAAACCCUAACUCUAAUAUCAUAUCUAUGGGAACCACUGACUAUAAAUCCUUGUCAAAAAAUGCUAUGUCAACAUCAUCUAUUUUGAUGGGAUAUAACAUUCCAACAAAUACGAAUACAAAUGCAACAAAUGGAAUGGGCACUGGAACCGGAUUGCUGUCUACAAACUCAAUGAAUAUUUCAUCGAAUUUAAAUAGCAAUGUUUAUCAACCUUCAAAUACUUCCACAUAUCCAGGGACAUCAUGUGUCGAUAAGGCACUUAGUGGACCUGUAGGAAUAAAUAUCAGUUCACUUUCACCAAGUGUCUACUCGCUAAAGCACAUACCAUCGCUAAGCCAGCGGGGAACAAUACAACUAUACAAUUUGCAGAGCACAACAAUGCCCAUGCUGUCACUUCAUAAUUCACAUCAAGCCGCAUCAAGCAGUUACAGUUUAGGUUUAAGUGGUAUUUCAGUAACAUCUUCUUAUAUGCAUCCGAAUAUCAGUAGUAUGAUAGAUACGAGUGCGAUUUUGGGAAAUGGUCCAAGUUCAACGGGUGUAACUACUGGCUCUUCAUUGCACGGUCUAACCGGAGUGAUACCUGGAUUACAAAGCACAUAUUCCCCGCCAUUUAUUGAUUCAGGACCAACAUCUUCACUACCUUAUGCAAGCACAAUUCGAAAUACAAAAUCUAAAAUGCUAGAUGAUGGUGACUUUUCCUUAAUGCGUUAUGGCAACCGAAGUUCACCGUGCUCACCGAUACCACCUCUAAACACAUGGGGAUUUGAUGAAUACGUUGAUAAUUUAAAUCCAAAUUUAAUGCAUCUUCAGCGAGGUAUAGGAUUAGGAUCAACAAUAGAUAUCGAAACACGUGGGAAUAUAUUUAAUGGUACUUCUGAGCCGCAGGUGGACAUGUUAGAUAUACCUGGAAAGGGAAGAUGUUGUGUAUUCAUUGCAAGGUUUCCCUACGAUCCUCCAGAAGAGGCCGAAGGUGAACUGUCUCUCAGUGGAGGGGAUUAUUUACUGGUUUGGUCUGGUGGUGAACCUCAAGGUGGGUAUUUAGAUGCUGAACUUCUUGAUGGAAGGAGGGGCUUGGUUCCAGCUUCGUUUGUUCAACGUUUAGUUGGUGAGGACCUACUAGAAUUUCACCAAGCUGUUCUCUCCACUUUGAGAGAUGCAGAAGAUGGAUCACUACAGUGUGAUACAACAUCAAUGCCCUCAUUGCCACCCAACAAUCCUUUACUAACACACACGCAAGAAGAUUUGGCUCGACUAAGUGAAUCUCAAACGGAGAUUGAAAACGAAAGUGAUGUCGAUGACAAUGUUCCGGCACCAAAACACCUAACUCUGGAAAGGCAAAUGAACAAAAGUGUACUUAUUGGAUGGUCGGCAGGAGAACCUACAAACUAUAUGAAUGUUGAAAGCUAUCACGUUUAUGUCGAUGGUGUACUAAAAGUCACAGUUAAGGCCACUGAAAGGACGCGUGCUUUAAUAGAAGGUGUUGAUUCUACAAGGCCUCAUAGAAUAAGCGUAUGUAGUGUUGCACAAACCCGAAAAACUUCUCGAGACGCUGCUUGUACAAUGAUUAUUGGUCGAGAUACCUCACAUUUAGGACCAUCAGCAGUUAGAGCUACAAAUAUUACAUGUUCCUCUGCCGUUAUAUCAUGGCUUCCAGCCAAUUCAAAUCAUCAACACAUUAUUUGUGUAAAUAAUGUAGAAGUUCGGGUUGUUAAGCCUGGAAUAUAUCGGCAUACUAUUACUGGACUAUCUCCUAGCACACAAUAUAGAGUCACUGUACGAGCAAAACACUUAAGAGCAACUGGUUGUCUUCCUGCCACUGGAAAUCGGCCACAGGAAGAAGCUCCCGGUGCCUACGCAGAUUUUCGAACCCUUACUAAAGGACUCCCUGAUCCUCCACAGGAUAUACAACUGGAAGCAGGCCCCCAGGAUGGCACAAUUCUUGUCACUUGGCAGCCAGUUAACAGACCCUCUUCUUCCGGACCAGUUACUGGGUACGCAGUUUAUGCCGAUGGCAAAAAAGUUACAGAUAUCAAUUCUCCCACUGGUGACCAUGCGCUGAUUGACAUUGGAAAAAUAACAGGAUUAAAUCCUAGAGCUGUAACAAUAAGAACAAAAUCUCGAGAUUCCCAAUCUGCAGACAGUGCCCCGAUUUUGAUCCCAAAUGUUGUUCGGGCACCCAUUACUGGUGGUAGAAAAGGGCCUGUGACCAUUAUGACCAACAGACGUGGAAUGAUGGGACAACCUGGACACCCAACAGAUCAUGAUCAAGAACAACAAAUGCAACAAGGAAAUCCACAGCAACAACAAACAGAUGGAGGCUCUGGCAUAUUGGGUGGUUUACUCGGAGGUUUCUUCUCAAAGAAUCCUGCAGUACCUCCCAAUCCCAACGAAAAUGGAUAUCAACAAAACCAAGCAAAUCGGAACCAAGCCCAAAUUCGUCCAAAUGUACCUGUGCCACAGCAAGCUCAACAGUAUAACAAUCAACAGGGUAUAAAUAAUAAUCGCUUCAUGCCACAACUUGGGGGUCCACGUCCGCAACUUAACGGCCAGCAACAACAAAUGCAAAACCAGCAGAUGCAACAACAGCAGCAACAACAACAACAACAGCAACAACACCAACAACAGCAACAACACCAACAACAGCAGCAACAACAACAGCAACAACAACAACAUCAGCAACAACAACAACUAUUGCAUCAACAACAACAGCAACAACAACAACAGAAAAAGGCACGCUAUUUUAUUGCAAUGUUUGACUAUGAUCCCAGCACAAUGAGCCCCAAUCCAGACGGAUGUGAUGAAGAGCUUCCAUUUAGAGAAGGAGAUACAAUUAGGGUAUAUGGAGAUAAGGAUGGUGAUGGGUUCUACUGGGGCGAACUCCGAGGUAGACGAGGAUAUGUGCCACAUAAUAUGGUUACAGAAGUAGAUGAAACCCAAACAAAUAUGGGAGCAUCUGGUUCAGGGCCAACUAUUGCCCCAAUAACAACUACUACACAGCAAAGCAUGCGAAAUGUGAGCAGAGAUCGAUGGGGCGAUAUUUACGCGAAUACACCUGUUAAAAGAAUGGUUGCAUUAUACGACUAUGAUCCACAAGAACUAAGCCCAAAUGUUGAUGCUGAGCAAGUGGAAUUAAGUUUUAAGACGGGCGAACUUAUACUUGUAUAUGGAGAAAUGGAUGAAGAUGGAUUUUUCAUGGGAGAACUAGAUGGCUUACGAGGUUUGGUACCUUCCAAUUUCUUAGCAGAGGCGCCUGAUCAGUAUAAUAGUCAAAUGGCUACCAGUGGAACAAAUAUGGCACAAAGAAAUCUAAACAACAGAGCGAAGGGACAAGGACCAGGAGCAAGGGGACCACCACCACCCCCUCGAGAAAUAAAUAUGUCUGAUCCAAAUCAACGGGGCGGCCCCCUUAGAAAAGAUGCUCGCCCUGCUUCCCCUACACUGUUAGACAACACGGGCCACCCUGCCCCCGAUCACUCAACGCAGGGGAUGCUGGGGACCGGAGGGAUGAACGUCGGUGGUAAUAACACGCUGUAUCAACAACAACAACAACAACAACAGCAACAAUAUCCAUCUCAACAACAGCAGCAACAUGACUUUAAUAAUCAACAAUAUCAGCAACAACCUCAACAACAACAACAGCAACAACCUCCACCAGUAUCACAACCUACUGGUCUUUUCUCAGGAGCCACAAGCUUGCUGUCUGGUGCUACACAGGCUGCCACGGGUGGUCUUUUUGGUACAAAACCAAAAGGUCCACCCAAUGAGGGACAGCCAAUGCAGCAACAACCACAGGGGCUCGGAAGUAUAUUUGGUGGAGGCAACCAGCAACAACAGCAGCAACAACAACAGCAACAAAUGCAACAACAACAACAACAACAACAACAGCAACAAAUGCAACAACCACAACAACAGCAGCAACAACAACAACAACAGCAACAACAACAACAAGCCGGUCAAGGACCUGGUUUUAUGUCGAAAUUAAAUGUGAUGGCUGCUGCUGCUCCCGGAGGUGAUAUGUUAUCAAAAGCAAAAGAUUCAAUAUUUGGGAAAUUUGGAUUCGGUAAAUAACCCUGGUUAUUACACUGCUCUAUUUUUAUAACAGCUACUUAAAAUCUAAUAAGCUUAAAAUGCUAAGAUUUGAUAUCAAUGUUAAUAGUGUAAUAUAUAAAUUCCUCUUUUAACAUAGUAAUUAAUACAACUAACAAAACCAAAAAUAAACAUCAUUAAAUUAUUUUGAAUGUUGAAAGAAUUUUAAAUGGGGGAUAUAAAUGAGAGAAAAAAUUCAAUGUACAUUAUAAAUAUGUAUAGAUAAAAUAUUAUGUGUAUAGAUGUAAAUUUUAGUAUAUAUAUAUUAUUAAAAAAAAAAAAAAAGUAAAAAAUAAUCAUAAGAAUAAAUCAUUUUCUAUGUAUUAUAAAUCAUUUAUCUAAAUAUCUUAUUGCAUUACACUAUGUAUAUAUGCUAUUAUACAUUUAUGAACUGCUUUAAGUGCGUUCGGAAAAGAACUACCAAAGAUAAGAUAGGUAUAUUUUAGUUUGCUUAUUAAGGGUGUCCCAUUAAGGCCAUUUAUUUUUAAAUUUACAAAAAAAAAAGUAGUGUUCAUUUAAAAAGAUCUGAUGUUUUUAAUUUAACUCAGAGUAUAGAGAUUGAUGUUUUUAGUUAUUAAACAAGGUCUCUAGAAAAUCGGAGUUUUAAAGCUGAAACAUAAUCAUGCUUUACGAAAGAUAUCGUCACGUUACGUUGAGAAAUCCUCAAAGAUUUCUACUGUCACUGUGGCUUUGAACAGCUAAUUAAAUUAAAAGAUCUGCUGUCAAAUACAAAAAAAAAACUACAUAGCUAUGCCUGAAAGCGAGCAAAAGACAGAUGGUGGCGUUCUUACGUUAGUAGAAUAAGCGUCGUUGUAAUAUAUUACAGAUUUCGUAUAGUUGAAAUUUUGGCAGUUGUCAAAAUCGACUUUAGAGCGUGAUUGUAUUUCAGUUUUAACAGUUUAUUAGACUUCUUAAUCUUUUAGACAUUUAAAAAACGUUUUAACUCAAAGGUGGCUUAUUUUCAUAAAAAAAUGUGUCAAAUCUCGUCAUUCAAUUCAAGAAUGCAUUUCGAAUCUUUACGGUAAGCUUAAGCUUUUUUUAAAAGUUUCUUAUUAACAAUCAUGACUAUUACCGAUGAAUCAGAUUUGACCGACAUUUGACUUUAUAAAUGUCAACAAUGACAUAUUUCGGUUGGCAGUAGCAAGGUAGUUCCGUGGAUCGGUAAUAUAGGACAUCUCGGGGAGUUAACGGAUUGAUAUUUUAUGCGGUUGCGGAUCGAGUAGAUUCAAGGGACAUGAAUGUUUAUUUACUGUCAACAGCGUAAACAAGGGGCCAAGGGUAAUGAUCACCUCCCCCCCGCUCCCUUUCAUUUCAAGUAUUUAAAAUUCUGAACUUUCGAUAGAAAUUGUCAAGUUUUAAGACGUUCGGAUCAUAGAAAUAUCGAGGGAAGUUUAUCGAGCCGUUCGCCGUUCUUCAAAACAUUCUUUUAGCUGAAAACUGAUCAACGUUUCCUUGACCUUGGAAAGUAGAGAUGUCAAGGCAACCGGUAGGGUGAGGAGAUUUGUAAUUUUUAAGAGGCAAGCUGGACAAAUGCUUUUUUUCAUACACUCGGAAAAAGUCCAGUACAAAAGGUACAAAAGGACAUGGAAAAUUUUACGUAGUGGUUUUGUCCCAGAGUGAAAGAACGCUUCUUCAGAAUGAAUGCAAAAAAAAUAAAAUUUUUUAUAAUCUUCUGUAGUCAACUUUAGAAGCCGUUUUAUCAAGGUCAGAGGUAAGAAACAUCUCUAAAGUGUUUUCAGCUCGACCUUCGACCUUUGAAACUCAAGUCAACAAACUGAGUUAGGUUGUUUAAAUCUCAAUGUAUUUUCUUUGGGUUGUUGCCUAGCCAAAACAGCUAUGCCACGAAGAAUUCUAUACAUUGAAUACCUUGUAAUACGAUAAUGGUAUCAUGCCGCAUGAUUCAAGCGGAACAAGAUCUUACUAGCGUUAUUACUUAUCAAAAUAUCAGUGAAAUACAUUAAACCAACUCCGUCAACAGCAAUUUGUUUCACAUUCGUAUGAAAAAAAAUUUCAAGAAAAUUCAUUAAUCCGUUUUGAAGAAAAUUGAUUUUACAACAUCUUUAUUUUUGUUUAUUUAAAAAAAAAAUAAUUUUUUUGAUUGUUUUUUUUUACAUAAGAUUACAUUUGAGAGCACACUUAAUUAUUUUUUUUUUUGGUUAAAAAUACAUCUUGUCUUUUUCACACAAGGCUGAAAUUUUCGCCUGAUCUAAUGCAUUAAAAACGAUGUAAUAGAUUCUUUCAACAAAAGAAACAGCUUAAAGUGCCAUACAAAUUUUUCAAGACAGUAAGGAUAGAGUUUUUCGAUAUGUUUUUGACAUUUUAAAACUUAUUUGAUGCCAUCUGAUAUUCAUUUUAAUAAGAACUGGAUGUUGCCGAGAUCACUACAUUUUUUUGUCAAAAAGUAAAAAGUAAAUUUUCAUUCUGUACAAACGCUUGAAAAAAGAAGAAUAACCUCAAAAAAAAAGGAACCUAUAGGAAUAAAACCUAGAACUCUAGCGUGAGAAUUGAAUACUCAUCGAAUUAUGGAUUCCUAAGUUCGGUUCAUAUCGGUGUCAAUUCACAAUUCAGUGGCAAGAAAAAAGAAAUUGUGGUGUUAUCAAACUAGACUUUAACUAGAAGUUCAAAAUAAAAGGAAAAUUUGCUAAGAAAUGUGGAAGUUUGAGCUGUUUGUACUCUUUGUCGAGAGGCAAUUUUAAGCUUUGUUGAAAGUGAAAAUGUUCAAUCAAACGUGUUCCAUAAUUUUACCAUAUUUUUCACAAAUGACAAUACUAGGUCGAACACCAACGCUAUAACGACUGAGAAAUAAUGGCGUUUUAUUUAAAAAUAGAUGGCCUCAAUGGGAUACACUUUGUUGUUCAUUACUUCCUCUUUUCAAAUGAAAAUAAUUAUUUUUUUCCUAUUUGUAUUAUACAUUGUUAAAGAUGAAAAAAUUUUAUUGACAAACCAAAAAAAAAAAAAAAAAAAUAACCGAAAAGUUGUCCUACGUACUUUACAUUAUGAAUUUAAAAAUACAAAUUAAUUUACACUGUUUUUCUAAGCAAUGUAAUAUUAAGACUUAUUUUAUAAUAAAUUAUUUAUAAAUAAAAAAAUCAAAUUAUAAUAGAAAAAUUGCACUAUACUUUCAGUUAUAAAUAAAUUAUUAUUAUUAAAAAAUUGUUAUUUACUAUAUCAAUCAGUUGUGAUUGUAAGGUAAGAUUUAUUCUACAUUAAAAAUUAAGAACACGUUUUAUAUGUUGAAGUAAACUAUUAUAAAUAACAAUGAGAUGUUUUUGUAAGUCUUAGUCUUGAUAGAACUAAUACAAAUUACAAGGUUAUUGCAAUGUUUGUUACUGUAGAUGUUUAAUCAUUGUAUAUUAUUUAACUUUAUAACAAUUAGAAUAUUUAUGACUUGGGGUCAAAUUAUGGCAUACGUCUUUAUCUUUUUUCUACUCAUUUAGAGACAACAAUCUUCAAAACGUUUACGUUUGCGUCGUAUUCGCAUGCCGUAAUUCGAUCCCAUGACUAAUAUAAAAAAAAAGAAAUGUUUAAAUAAGGCUAUUUUAAUUACGAAACAAAAAUAAGAGCUAAACAUACAGGAUUCCGCUUAUUAUACUGAAAAAAAAAGAGUGUAGAUUAAAUAACGGAUUGAAGCUAAAAAGGCAUUUUGACAAUUGCAGUUUUGAACGUUACUUAAGCUCCCAAAUUAUUAUUCAAUUCCGCCAUAAUUACGUAUAUAUAGUUCCCUUUUAUUUUCAAACAUAAAAAUAACAUAUUUAAAAAAAAAAGAUUCUUGGCUGAAAAAAAAAAUAAAUUAUAAAUUUUAAUUUCUAUUAAAGGGCACUGGGUCGCACAAAUUUGAUCUUAUGUGUAAAUCAAAUAAUAAGUAAAUGAAAUAUAUGACUUAAAUA